AUGGAUCCGCCUCCACCGCCUCCCCCGCCUCCCCCUCACGGUAGCAAUCCGAAUGCUAGGUCUGGCGGCUUGCCUCCUGGAAACUACGAUAUCUUUGUUAUUCCUCCACAUUCUUCAGGCUCAGGCUUCCUAUACCUCCCGUCACUUCAGACUCACCGAAACAGCUUCCUAGCAGGAGUGGCAUGCACUGCGACUGCUUUCGUAGUAUGGUCCGUGGUAGUGCCGGUCGUCAAGGAGUGGUUCAACACCUUGGUAAAUGGUGGAGGUCCAGGUGUCUUGGUGUUGGUUCCCUGGAGGACCUACGCCUGGUGCGACACCUGGGGCUGGUGCGGCCGGGGCUUGCCAGGGCCAGCGCCGGCAAGCGGGUCAACGCAUGCGCCUCCUAAUCCCUCAGCUGGUGCUCCUCCUCCACCUCCACCUCCACAUCCACCACCUCCUCCUAGAUCAUCAUGGCAUAGACCAAACCCACAAACAGCUGGCGCAAGCUCUGCUGCAAAGAACAGCUGGGAGAAGGCCAGAGAAGAGACUCGAAAGAAGGAGGAAGAACGUAAAAGGGCGGAAGAAGCAAAGAGACGCAGAGAGGAAGCCGAGAAGGAGCGGCAGAGACAAAGAGCAAAGGAUGCAAGGGAGCGUUUGGAGCGCGAAAAGAAGAGGAAGGCUGAGGAAACUGAGAAGGCAGAACAAGCGAGAAAAGAGCAAGAAGCAGCCGCUGCCGUUGCCGCUGCAAAGGCAAAGGAGAAAGAGGAAGAAAGGGAGAGGGAGAGGGAGAAAGAAAGGGAGAGGGAGAAGGAGAAAGAAAGGGAGAGGGAGAGGGAGAAAGAAAGGGAAAGGGAGAAGGAGAGAGAAAGGGAGAGGGAGAAGGAGAAAGAAAGGGAGAGGGAGAAGGAGAGAGAGAAGCAGAGGGAGAGAGAGAAGGAGAGGCAGAGACAGAGGGAAAAAGAGAGGGAGAAGCCAGCUCCGGACAAACCACCAUAUCCAACUGCGAGAACGGAGACCGAGGAUGAUGCGUACUCUUUCAGACCUUACGAUCGACCAAAAAGACAUGUGCCAAAAGCGGGCUCAACAGCGUCAACAUAUUCAGAAUCUUCAUAUGCUCCUUCACAGUCCACAGCACGCACUACACCACCUCCGUCGCAUCGAGGACCCUACUCGACAAAGGAUCCCGACAAAAUCAUCAUCAAAGCUGUAUACUCUUUCAAUAAUACAUUUCAGCGCACCCCUGUCGCCCAACUGAUCUCAGGUCAAGGAAACGUGACUGACGGACUUAUUCUUCGAAUCACAACUGAAGGACUUUUCAUCGAUGAUGACAUUCGAGACGUACCUCAACGAGAAUGGGAUGUGAAGGCUUGGACGAUGAAAAUGGCAGAGAGCGGCGAAAUGUCCGGCCUCCACGUCCUUCGAGCCAGCAUCCGUGAUCAAGAAGGCAAGAAGUAUGUCUUCAUCCUCUCGCAGACAGAAGGCUGGAAAGUUGCUGUCGGCCUACAACGAUUGCGGCGAGGAACUCAAGUCCGAGCCUUGGGUGUUAGCGGUAUGCCAGCGAAUGAGACCAAAGCAUUGAUUGAGAAUUUGGGCUGGGCUUGA